AUGGCGUUCGCCCUCUUUGCCCCGGCCGAGACGAUCAACUACGACUUCGUCGCGGGCAUGUACGGCCUCUUCACGCUCCUCGCGCUCGUGCUCUACGUGCUGCAGCACUACACGGACGCGGUCGAGGGCUUCUACAUCGUCAUGGCCCCGUUCGCGCCGUGCCUGCUCUGGAGCCUCGUUGUCCGCCGCAACUGGCUGCGCCUCGAGAAGCCCAAGACCGAGUAA